UCUCUCUUUUCAUUUCAGUUCAUUGCCUUUGCCUCUCUAUUCUUCAUCCUAGUUUCAAUCACAACCUUUUGCCUGGAAACACAUGAGGCGUUCAAUACUAUUAUAAACAAAACUGAGCAGGUCAUCAACGGGACAGAAACUGUGCUACAAUAUGAAAUUGAGACAGAUCCUGCCCUGACAUACGUGGAAGGAGUCUGCGUGGUGUGGUUUACAUUUGAAUUUUUAGUACGUGUUGUUUUUUCCCCCAACAAACUUGAAUUCAUCAAAAACCUCCUGAAUAUCAUUGACUUUGUGGCCAUCCUGCCCUUUUACCUAGAAGUGGGCCUGAGUGGGCUGUCCUCCAAAGCUGCUAAGGACGUGCUUGGUUUCCUCAGGGUGGUAAGGUUCGUGAGGAUCUUGCGAAUCUUCAAGCUCACCCGGCACUUUGUGGGACUCAGGGUGCUGGGCCACACUCUGCGAGCCAGCACCAAUGAAUUUUUGUUGCUGAUAAUUUUCCUGGCACUCGGUGUUUUGAUAUUUGCCACCAUGAUCUACUACGCAGAGCGGGUGGGAGCCCAGCCUAAUGACCCAUCAGCAAGUGAGCACACACAGUUCAAAAAUAUUCCUAUUGGCUUCUGGUGGGCUGUAGUCACCAUGACCACCCUGGGAUAUGGGGAUAUGUAUCCACGGACCUGGUCAGGCAUGCUGGUGGGAGCCCUCUGUGCGCUGGCGGGGGUGCUCACCAUAGCCAUGCCCGUGCCUGUGAUUGUUAACAAUUUUGGGAUGUACUAUUCCCUGGCCAUGGCAAAGCAGAAACUGCCGAGGAAGCGGAAGAAGCACAUCCCUCCUGCUCCUCAAGCCAGCUCGCCCACCUUCUGCAAGACAGACUUGAACAUGGCCUGCAAUAGCACACAGGGGGACAUCUGCCUGGGCAAGGACAACCAGCUGAUGGAGCACAACAGAUCAUCAGUGUUAUCAGGUGAAGACAGUGCAGGAAGUGAGCAGCCACUCUCACCUGGUGAAAGGCUCCCUCCCAUCAGACGCUCUAGUACCAGAGACAAAAACAGAAGAGGGGGAACAUGUUUCCUACUGACAACAGGUGAUUACACGUGUGCUACUGAUGGAGGGAUCAGGAAAGUGUUGUACAGAAUUUAUCAUGGAUUUUUGACUGCUGAAAAAGGGACAAUGGAAUUUAGCCAUACCAAGGACUGUACUGGAAAGAGACUACUGCUGCUGAAUGGGCCCUGAUAAACAACUCAUGCCUUCAGGAGGUCACUGAGACUUUACAUGGGAAGUAGAGCUUGUUAAAGAAGAUUAAAGACUGCUCAUGAUUACUGCUGCCAAAUGAAGGGGUGACUAGCCACUGCUGAUGAGUCAGCUGUAAAUAAAACAUGUGUGCAUGGAAUGUCAGUUUUUAUCUCUAUCAAGGAAAGCUGAAUUCAAGUCAUCAUUGCUAAGGCUCCAUGCAAAGACCCACACCCCUGUGCGUAUUCUUCCU